AUGGGGAUGUUCCAACACUGCUGGUAUGCAUUUAUCAUCCUUAUGUACAAUUUUGCUGCAGCUGCAGUUGCCGUUGCCGUUGCCGUUGCGUUGGAUCCUUGGUUAUGGACACCAGGUAAUACAGACAGAAUGGUAAAUCUUAAAAUGAUGCUCUCACCUUCAUGGACACAAGUGGUCUUCCAUAACAGCAAGGAAGAUAGACUUGUACUUGGAACUUCUAUGGCAACCAACCAGUUCGGAUUUGGCAUUGCUGUGGUUCCAAGUUGCAUCUGCGGGGCAGAUCUUGAGCCCUUUGAGCCAUCUCUCGCAUCUCCUCACCCUGCCUUCCUCCCCUAUGUCGCUGCUGCUGCUGCCUCACCAUCAACCUUAUGGCCUCACAGUGGCACUCCUCUCUGUGUUCUCCAACUACUGGCAGCAUUGUUGGAUGGACAGAUGCUACAUCUCUGUUCUAAGCCCCUUGGGGUUUCUUCCUCGGUGGUGGUGGUGGAUGCUUCAGCAAGGGCUCACAGGGCUGGUGAUAGAACAGCUGAGAUUGCAAGCUUUGCCAUUGUUGGGAGAUGUGGUAGAAUAGAGCUGGGUGGGUGGGUGGGUGAGAAGGUGGUGGCAGGGAGGCGCAUUGAUACUCAUUUUUGGCGUUUGCAUAACAAUUACAUGGAGGAGGGUGGACUUGGGCAGAUGGGUUGGCUUGGCAAGGCGUUGAGAGGGAGAAAAUGGUUACUUAGCCGGUGUUCACUGGUAGUUCCCAUCUUUCCGAUGUUCAUAUGGAUUGAGUGA